AUGUUCACCCUCAUCUACCUCACUACCCUGGGAUGGAACCUGGGAAUAAUAGCUCUGAUCUCCUGGGAUUCCUGCGUCCAUACUCCCAUGCAUAUUUUCCUCAGUAAUCUCUCUCUGGUGGAUUUUGGCUACUCCUCAGCUAUUACCCCCAAUGUGAUGACUGGGCUCCUCAUAGGCAACAAGGUCAUCUCCUACAAUGGAUGUGCUACACAGUUGUUCUUCUUUGUAGCCCUUGCUACUAUAGAAAAUUUCCCCUUAGCCUCCAUGGCUUAUGAACAUCAUGCAGCUGUGUGCGAGCCCCUACAUUAUAGCACUACCAUAACUUCAACAAUAUGUGCCUAUCUGGUCAGUGGUGCUUGCAUCUGUGGCUUUCUGACCUCCUCCAUAGGAAACAUGUUUAGCUUUUCAUUUUGUAGGUCCAACAUAGUCCAUCACUUUUUCUAUGAUAUUUCCCCUCUCCUCGUUCUCUCUUGCUCUGAUAUUCAUAUCACUGAGUCAGAAUUCUUUAUAUUAGGGUCACUCAAUGCCUUUUUUCCAUUUCUUGUCAUCUUUACUUCUUACUUUUUAAUCUUCAUCACCAUCCUGAAGAUUCAUUCUGUUAAAGGCCACCAGAAAGCCUUCUCUACUUCUGCUAUUCAUCUCACAGCAGUGUCCAUAUUUUAUGGGACAAUCAUCUUCAUGUACUUCCAACCCAGCUCAAGCCAUUCCAUGGACAUAGACAAAAUGGUGUCAGUGUUCUACCCAUGGUCAUCCCCAUGUUGA